AUGGAGAAAAAGAGAGAGAGUGAGGAGGAUAAUAAGGGAAGGUUAUGCAGGAGGUGCAAACGAAGCUACAGUCCUGCCUCCAACACUCCUUCCUCAUGCCGCUUCCACCCUUCUUUCUUCGUCUGUCGCCGUCAUGACGACCAGAAAAGGUACUAUGAAUUGGGACCCAAAGAUCCGCCAUACGCAGCCAAGUUCUAUGACUGUUGUGGGGCUGAGGAUCCUGAGGCAUCCGGUUGCACUACCAGUUUCCAUGUUUCAUAUGAUGAUGAUUGA